AUGGAAUACAGUUAUGAUACAAUAUACUACUAUGUGUACGCCCUGCCGCCAACCUUCUCUAGCCCUGCCGCCGAGGAUCACCGCCAACGCUUGCCCGCCACCUUUCUUGGGCGGUUUCCGACUCGCCUGCAGCUGUCAGAUCUCACCUCGCCGCCGCCAACGCUAUCGUUCGAGCUGAACGUCCUCAAGCUUGCCCCGCAAUUCGUUCAAUUUGGCCCAAUCUGA